UUUGAGACUACUCAUCAAGCUUUCCCACAGGAGACACCAAUUACUUUCUGCUUUCAGUGCUUGGCUACCCUCAACUCUUGCAUCGUUUUUCUUGAUUCCUGAAGAAAACAAUGGCGGAAGCCCUCCUUUCUGCGUUCCUUGGAGUCCUCUUUGACCGUCUCUCGUCUCGGGAGUUGCUCAACUUUGCUCGCCGGGAGGGACUUGAGAAAAAGCUGGAAAAGUGGAGCAGAAUGCUGCAUAGAAUUGAGGCAGUGCUUGCUGAUGCGGAAGAGAAGCAAGAUAAUGGUGUGGCAGUGAAGAAGUGGCUGGAUGAUCUCAGAGACUUGGCUUACGAUGUGGAUGACAUCCUCGAUGAGUUCGCCACAAAAGCUUUGCAACAGAAACUGACAGGAGCAAAUCAGGGGAGCACAAGUAAGGUACGGAACUUCAUUCCUGCUUGUUGUACUGGUUUUACGAUCAACAAUAGGCUGGGGUCACAGAUAGAGGAGAUCACUGAUCGAUUCAACGAGAUGGUGAAGCAAAAAGAUGAUCUGAAAUUGUGUGAAAAUGUUGAUAGAAGGUCACGCAGAACAAGAGAGACACUGACGCCAACCUCUGUAGUGACCAAAGCUAAUGUUUAUGGGAGGGAAAAAGAUAAAGAGGCUAUACUUGAAUUUCUGGUGGGUGAAAAAUGUAGGGAUGCUCAACUCUCUGUUAUUCCUAUAAUUGGUAUGGGGGGCAUAGGAAAGACAACUCUUGCCCAGCUUGUGUACAAUGAUGAAAAAGUGCAGAGCUUUUUUGAUAUGAAGGCAUGGGCUUGUGUUUCUGAAGAUUUUGAUGCUGUUAGGGUGACAAAAACAAUUUUAGAAUCUCUCACCUCUGAAAACUGUGAGGGUAAGGAUCUAAAUUGGUUGCAAAACAAACUAAAGGAGAAUCUGAAGGGGAAGAAGUUUUUAGUCGUUCUAGAUGAUCUUUGGAAUGAAAACUACCAUGACUGGAGUAUCUUACGUGCUCCUUUCGAAGAAGGGGCAUCGGGAAGUGCAAUUGUCAUCACAACUCGCAAUGUGGGAGUUUCAUCAAAGACGGGUACCAUUCCAGCUGCUUACUCUCUCAAAGAGUUGUCAAAUGAUGUUUGCUUGUCUAUAUUGGCCCAUCAUGCAUUGGGAACAAAAGACUUCAGUGCACAUCUAAACCUAAAAGAUAUUGGUGAGGAAAUAGUUGGAAGGUGUAAGGGCUCCCCUUUGGCAGCGAAAGUACUUGGAGGUGUCUUACGCAAUAAAAUGGAACCUAUGAGUGGGAAGAUGUAUUGAAGAGCAAGAUAUGGGAUUUACCAGAAGUGGGAAGUGAAAUUGCACCGGCUCUUAUGUUGAGCUAUCAUAAUCUCCCUUCA